GAACGGAAGAGAGCUUUGGAAGCGGAGCGCCAGGCCCGCGUGGAAGAGCUGCUCAUGAAGAGGAAAGGGCAAGAAGCUCGGAUUGAGCAGCAGAGGCAGGAGAAGGAGAAAGCCCGGGAAGAUGCAGCUCGGGAACGGGCCAGGGACCGGGAAGAGAGAUUAGCUGCUCUGACCGCAGCCCAGCAGGAAGCCAUGGAGGAGCUCCAGAAAAAGAUCCAGUUGAAGCACGAUGAGAGCAUCCGGAGGCACAUGGAGCAGAUCGAGCAGAGGAAAGAAAAAGCCGCCGAGUUAAGCAGCGGGAGACACGCCAACACGGACUACGCACCCAAACUCACCCCCUACGAGCGAAAGAAGCAGUGUUCCCUCUGCAAUGUUGUGAUUUCCUCGGAGGUGUAUCUCUUUAGCCACAUUAAGGGGAAAAAACAUCAACAAGCGGUGAGAGAGAACAGCAGCAUCCAAGGACGAGAACUCUCCGAUGAAGAAGUGGUAAUUGCUGUGGUCAAUGGGUCUUUUGAUACGACCCAUGAACACUUGAGUAUUCCUGAGGAAGCCUGA